AUGAGCCACGUCGUUGCCGCGCAUGAAAACGAUGAUCUUCCAUUACUAAGUAGAGCUCAAAAUAUCGAUCACUCAACCACCACUAUUCCUACUAGUACUACUACUAGUACCACCACCACCACCGCUGAGGUUGUAGAUGCCAGUAGGAGCGGCUGCGGUGAUGGGUCGCGGCAACUGGUUCUUACCCCGACUGUGCUAGAUGAUCACGGCAACAUGUUGAACCUGAGUAAUCCAGAUUUCCUUCCGCCCGAUCCCGACCUUCUGUCUCCGUCCAUUGGCUCCUCCCAUGGGUCACUCAGACAACGUCGAAAAUCCCCCGUUACUGUGCAAGAAUGGGUGGCCUCUCUACCUCCACCUCAUGUCCUCCAGCGGCAAAACUUUGUCUCCACCGAUUUGGAAGACAACCACGUGCUCAUGGGUUCCACUGUAAAUGGAGGCCUCGGGACUAGUAGCAAUUGUACAAAUGGAGGAGUGGAUCUCCAAGUUAAGGGCCAAUUGGCCUCUGGAGAACCGCAAUUCACUGCGCAAACACUGCAAAAAGAAAACGAGCAACAAUAUGGCGAGUCUUCCGCGUCAGCUAAAGACGAAAGUCAUCAAUACGAUAAUGAUCAUCCCCACAACAAAGAUGACUUUGCACUUCUCGAGUCGAGUCUGGAUGGUCCCACGGCGCAAAUGGAAAACGCGGCCGAUGAUCUCAAACUUGGUGCCGAAGCUGAGCCAUCACCACUUCAACUUUUGCGCCCGCUCCCAUCAUCAUCAUUAUCAUCACCAUCUUCGUCCCUCUACCCUCAUGAUCUGUUGAGCCACGUCCAUGAAUCCAUACCAAUGUCAGAAAAUGGACGCCAUCAUCAUCAUCAUCUUCAUCGCCAUGGUCAUCACGAGAACGAGGAUGUUGGUCCACGAUCUCGUGACUUCGGACCGGGGUUGAAGAGUAGGGAAACCAGCUCAACUCGAGUGAAAGGCCAUGGACCAUCAGGCAAUGCCAACGACACGCUUGAGGCACGACGGAGGAUUUUUCUUCAGUCCCAUGAUCACCAUUCCUUUCAGUCAGACAUAUCAGCAUUCACGGUAUCAAGCGUGGACAGCGUACUCCUUUCAAGAGAGGUUGAUCCAAGCGAGCUUUUGAUGGACCUAGGAUUUGGUGGCCAAUCUUUGGAUCUUCUGGCCCGAAUUCCGCUCCGCUUUUUUGGACCCUCGCGGGCUCGGGGCAUAUGUGUGGAGGACUUCUUGCGAAAGCAGGAGGAGUUGGCCGAGAAAUUUGAUAGCGGAUUUGAUGGAUAUCGGGGACUGAAUGCAGGUUCAUCCAGCACCCGACCCUCCGAAUUAGUUGAAAAGAUCAUCGACAAGAUUCGUUCCCAAGAGCGUCUUCUGAGGCGUCAGCCCACGUAUCUCUCGUGCCGGUCAUCCCAAUGGGCUAGUAGUGCGUCACUCAACCUCCCACCCGGCCUGGCAAGUGCAAUGUUCUCAUAUAGUUCCCACCACAAUCAAUUCGCCAUUCCCAAAGCUUCUUCCAACAAUGGAUUUGCCUCUAUUGUGGGCCACGCCCAACAUCACCAAUUAGCUUUCAAACGACAGAUGCAACCUCCCUUGAGAGGCGUCAAGGCUUUCAGGGCUAUGGCUCACAGCGUGUUGAGUCCAGCCAAUCGUCAAUUUAUCGAGGAUCAACAAGAGAAGUCUGAAAAGCCGCCGGAAGAUCGGACCCUGGUUAUUGGCAAUAACACAUUCCGUGUGGAUGAGGACCUCAAAGUGAUUGAAGAGGAAGACGAGAUUCCAGAAGACGAUGCAAUGUGCCGAAAGUCAGAUGUAUCCGGCGUCGAGCUAAGAUCGUGGCCAAAGCUCGGCCUCUUAACCAAGCGUGAUUCCACUCUGUCCAUUCAGAGCUCGUGCAGCGUAGACAGUGAUUGGUCGGAUGAAGAGAUGGAAGAGAUCGAAAAGCAGCUGGAAGAUAUUCAAGAGAUGUCCCAGGCCUUGGACAAGCAACUCCUUGAUGAAGGAGAAGCCAGUGAAGCUCGGGCCAAAGCGACGGAGCGCUGGCAUCGGCUUCGGCGAGCCCGACACGUUGCCAUCACGCGGGUCAAAUUGGCCAAACGCGCUCAAGCGGCUUGCCAAGCGCUCGAUGACAAGUCUGUCAAGGAAGAGGAUGGAGACCAACCCCAAGAUCCAUCCCAAGAGGAAAGUGAGCCCAUUCCGGCGGAACAGAGCAUGGAUCCGGAAUCCCAACCGAUCACACCCAGCCCCCCUGUGCGACCAAUUCCACCGCGGGAAAGCCAUCAACUCCAGCGUCAAAUGACUCAUCGACAGCAACUCAUCACGGCCUCGCUGCUCCAGUCGGAUCAUCGGAUACCCCGUCGGUUUUCCUCCCAAUAUCAAUAUCAACAUCAGUAUCAAUACCAAUAUCCAUAUUGAACACCACGCUUGCUGUGGUGGUUGUUAGGAAUUAUUACAUUGUUUUUUUGUAUGUAUAUUGUAGAGCUCCUAUGUGAUCCUUGAAAACAAGUCUAGCCAUUGCAUUGUCCCACCUAAACUACUUAGUCUCAUGAUUCCAUUCUAGCAAUAAACGAUAUCUUUUAUUUCCUUA